GUAAGUCUGGCAGAGUGGUCAUCAACCUGAGAAGUUCAGUGAAAAGGGGGCUUGUUGGAGUUUUUGGUAACAAUGCGCUUGUCGAAAGCUCUGAUAGAAAUGGACUUGCCAGAUUACACUGCUGCCUUAGACCCUGCUUAUACAACUCUGGAAUUUGAGAAUAUGCAAGUGUUAGCCAUGGGUAAUGAUACAUCUCCAAGUGAAGCCACCAACAUGAAUUCCUCUAACAACAUUGGGAUCAGCGCUCUAUGUGCAAUUUGUGGUGAUCGGGCUACAGGAAAACAUUAUGGUGCAUCCAGUUGCGAUGGCUGCAAAGGGUUCUUCAGACGAAGUGUCCGAAAAAAUCACAUGUAUUCCUGCAGGUUUAACAGACAAUGCAUUGUAGAUAAGGACAAACGAAACCAAUGUAGAUACUGCAGAUUAAAAAAGUGCUUUAGAGCAGGAAUGAAAAAGGAAGCUGUGCAGAAUGAAAGAGACAGGAUAAGUACGAGGCGAUCCAGCUAUGAGGACAGCAGUUUGCCUUCAAUUAAUGCACUUAUACAAGCAGAGGUUCUUUCUCGUCAGAUCUCAUCUCCUGUUUCAGUGAUAAACAGUGACAUCAGGUCUAAAAAGAUUGCAGUGAUCAGUGACAUAUGUGAAUCUAUGAAACAGCAGCUUUUGGUCUUGGUAGAGUGGGCUAAAUAUAUCCCAGCUUUCUGUGAGUUACCACUGGAUGACCAGGUUGCCUUAUUGCGAGCCCAUGCUGGGGAGCAUUUACUGCUUGGGGCAGCAAAACGUUCCAUGAUGUAUAAAGAUGUUCUGCUCUUAGGCAAUGACUACAUUAUUCCCCGCAAUUGCCCAGAGCUGGAAAUAAACCGUGUAGCAACUAGAAUUCUGGAUGAACUGGUGCAAACAUUUCAGGAGCUUCAGAUCGAUGAUAAUGAAUAUGCCUGCCUGAAAGCAGUUGUUUUCUUUGAUCCAGAUGCCAAAGGACUCAGUAACCCUGCCAAAAUAAAACGCAUGCGGUUCCAGGUGCAAGUCAGUUUGGAGGACUAUAUUAAUGACAGACAGUAUGAUUCUCGGGGUCGAUUUGGAGAGCUGCUACUAUUGCUACCCACUCUACAGAGCAUCACUUGGCAAAUGAUAGAGCAAAUCCAGUUUGUUAAACUCUUUGGAAUGGCUAAAAUUGAUAACCUUCUUCAAGAGAUGCUUCUGGGAGGUACUGCAAAUGAGGCGCCACACACACACCACUCACUACAUCCUCAUCUAGUCCAGGAGCACCUGGCAAGUAAUGUGAUAGUAGCCAGCACAAUGCCUGCUCCAGUACAAAAUGGGCAGAUCUCCACACCUGAAACUCCAUUACCUUCUCCACCUGGAGGUUCUACAUCAGAGCCAUACAAACUAGUAGCAGGUUCUGUAUCAAAACCACCAACAUCAGUUCCUCAGCAAACCAUUCCAAAACAAGAGGCAAUUUAACAGAUGGGAAGCAUCUCAGAGCAAAAGUCAUCAAUAAAUAGCUCAACAGAUUUUCCACCGCUAGAGAACUGUUUUAUGAGAACACAGUCCUAAUAAGAACUAAUAAGAACUGUGUCCCAUUUUAAAAGAUGACACAGAUGAAAUCAUAGAUAAUUAAAAGAUUAAUGUUAAUAUAUGUUGAACUGACUGUCAUUGUAAUACCAUACUCUUAGGUUUC